AUGAACGAAGUAACUUGCUCCGUAACCAAUGGAAACCCCAUUCAUAAGAUUAAUAAUGAAGUAAGACUGAAACGGAAUAAUUUAGAUAAAUCCUCCGGUUUUCAGAAUAGCGGUAGCGCCGCAUGUAAUGCUAAGACAAUAGAAUAUAUCUUUACUAAUUGUCCAAGAGGCGUCAGUGCCAAUAGGAUAGAUUUUCAAAUUGCAUUACCGGUUGGUAACUUUCGCCAUAACUGCAAUGGCGGAAAAGAACUGUCACGACUUGAAGACCAAUGGUCAAAGGAAUUCUCUUGUUCUUACAGGAAUAAAAGUGCCGAUGUGAUUAAACCUGGCCGAGGCAAACCUGAGAAAUGCCUCAUAAAUUUCCAUGAUAAGCAUUUUUCACCUUACCAUCAUACAGCACAUCACCAGAAGCGUAUAUAUCCUUUUAAAAGGGCGUACCAUGAUAGCCCAUCAUUUUCUAAUGGUUGGGAAACGCAGUUCAAAUUAGUUGAAAACCAGUUAAUAAAUGACCUUAUAAUAGAAAAUAACCCAGAAGAAAAAACCAUUGGUUACGAAUAUGUGGCCGAAUACGAAGAAACAAUAGAUUUUAAGCAUAAGCUGUUAGCUGUAUCACAAACAUAUCAAUUUCUAAAAUCAAACAGUUAUCUAUACGAACGAGACCCAUAUAAAAUAGGGUGCGUGCUCAUGGAAAACGGUUCUAAUUUGAAUGAAGUUGUAAUGGCUUUUGAAGCAGCCGUUUCCCAAGAUUCGAAUCAUUCCAAUGCAUGGCUAAAGUUAGGUAUAGUUAACAUCGAAAAUGAAGACGAAAACAAUGGCGAACAGGCUUUGCGAAAUUGUUUAAAUUUGGAUCCAAAUAAUUCAUCCGCUAUGGAAAGUUUAGCAAUUCACUAUAUCAAUCAACAAAAUGAAUCAGAGUCAUUGAAGUUUUUUUACAAAUGGAUUAUUUCAAAGUUUUCAGGGUUUCUGCAUCUUUUCGCAGGAAAAGACAAGAAAAGCGUUCAUGAAAUUCCAGAGAAGUCUCAUAUAGUGCAUAUUCUAGAAUCAUUGUUGAGUUUGCGCAUAACGAAAGCAGACCGAUAUGAUAUAUAUUCUGUAUUAUCGGUCUUGUAUUAUUCAGAUCAGAAAAUACAGCAAUCUCUGGAAAGUUUAGAGCUUUUGCUAUCUGAGAGACCCAAUAAUGGAAUAUUGUGGAAUCGAUAUGGAGCUAUAUUGGCCAAUACUAAGUCAUAUAACUCUGCUAUAAAUGCUUAUAAUAAAUCUAAACAACUGAGACCAAAUUUUACAAGGGUGCGCUAUAAUUUAGCAAUUGCCUACUUGAAUGAAGGUGAUUAUGUCAGAGCAAGUCGAAUGUUAAUUGAAGUUAUUUUAUUACGAAUCAAUGGCUAUAAACACAGCAAAGCAAAAAUCCAAAGUAAAUUCAUGCAAAAUCUAAAGAAUACUCUUAUCGCUUUGAAAAAAUUUGAUUUACUUGAUGAUUUAAUAAAAAGUUCUCAAGAUGUAGAAUUACUGUUAUCAACCUUGAAAGAUAUAUACAAUAAGAUAGGAUAA